AUGAAUCGGAUAGAAGAACACGACGGUGAGGCGUAUGACGGCAAGUUUGACGACCAGUACGACGAAAAGUAUGAUGAAAAAUAUGAGGCUCCGACACUCGACACCUUCAACACUCUAAAUACGCUGGCCCCUACUCAUGAUGACGGCAAUGGUGCCGUGACACCGAUGAGCCAGCGUGCUGAGGCGAAUCGCCUUAACGAUGAUCUUGAGCUUCUCCGCGCUGAGCGCAUGGUCUCAAACCAGGAACAUGACCAAGCCUCCAAGUCACGGACAAGAAAUCGGCAUCACAACCCCGAGCCUGAGGAUGCUUUUAACCAGACCUCCACAGAAGCCGCGCCGGAGAAGAAGAAAAACAGGGACGCUGCCCUCUAUAAACUAUGGCUCUUCAUCAGCAAAUUUCCUCGUUUCUUUCGGUACAUCAUUUACCUUAUCCCUGGUGCCGCCUUGCUAUUAGCUCCUGUCCUCCUCGGUACGUUCAAGUUCAAUGGAACUGAGCACGCUGUGGGCGGCACAGGCGGCGUGUACAUCAUGUGGUUUGGCAUCUGGCUUGAAAUUGUGUGGUGCUCACUUUGGGUGACUCGGAUGAUUACGAAUCUUAUUCCGCCUCUAUUCCAUAGUGUUGCUCGAAUGGUCGGAUCGACCAAUGCCCACAAGUGGCGGGACAUUGGACAGCGUCUUGAGCUGCACACAGCCAUGUUUCUAUGGUGGCUCGCCAUUCUCAUCUCCUUCAAGCCCACAAUGGACGGACAUCGCGCCCCCGUCCCAGACGGCGAUUCUGGAAACGUUCACAUGCACUGGAUCAGCGUCGUCAACAAAGUCAUCAUUGCUCUCUUCGUCCUGGCCACGCUGAACUUUGUGGAAAAGAUUCUUAUCCAGUGGAUUGCCCAAAGCUUUCACCAGCGGACGUACGCCACUAGAAUCGAGAACAACAAGGCUGAUAUCCGCCAACUCGUCUGCCUUUUUGAAUACGCAAAGUCCAAGCUCGAAAGCACUGAUGCCUUUUGGAAGGGCAGCGUCGGCAAUCCCUCUGGCAGCGGCUUGCAGACGCCCAUGAAAGCUUUCCACAACAAUGCACGUCAUGUGCUGGGCAAAGUUGGACACGCUGCUGGCAGAGUCGGCAACGAUCUUCUGGGUCGAAAAGGCGCUGACAAUAAUCACCCUCGCAGGAUAGUAGCUGAGCUGCUACGCAACACUGGCUCGGCGCACACUCUUGCCCGCCUAAUCUACCGUAGCGUAGUUCGUGAGGGCCGCGAGACUGUUCAUCUGGAAGACCUGCAGGCUGGCUUUGAAACAGUAGAGGAAGCAGAAGCGGCUUUCAGCAUGUUCGACAAAGAUCUCAACGGUGAUAUUUCUAUGGAUGAGUUUGAGGCUGUCUGCAACGAAAUUCACCUCGAAAAGAAAGCCAUCGCAGCAUCACUCAAGGAUCUCGACUCCGUCAUCCAAAAGCUUGACAAAGUUUUUCUGUUUGUCAUCGUCGUCAUUGCCAUCAUCGUCUUCGUCGCUAUCCUGUCCGACUCGACGGCCGCUGGCCUUGCGUCUGCAGGCUCCUCGAUUCUCGGUCUGGCAUGGAUGCUGCAGGCGACAGCCCAAGAAUUCCUCCAGUCCAUCAUCUUCGUCUUCAUCAAACAUCCAUUUGACGUGGGCGACCGAGUCACCAUCUACGGCAACACCGGAGCCACACUGACAGGUGAUGACUAUUAUGUCACUGAAAUCUCCCUGCUUUAUACCGAGUUCAAAAAGAUGCAGGGUCAUAUUGUCCAAGCCCCGAACUCGCUGCUCAAUACCGUCUUCAUCCUCAAUCAGAGACGAUCCAACGGACUUUCGGACGUCAUCCCACUCGAGAUGCGAUUUGGGACGCCGGCUCACUUGAUCGACGACCUCAAAGCCAGGAUGCUGGAAUUUGUCAAGGACAAUAAGCGGGAUUACCAGCCAAGCAUCAUCACCGAAAUGACUGGUUUCAAAGAAGUACGAUCGUGCACUAUGAACAUGGUCUUCUUCCACAAGAGCAGCUUCCAAAACGAACUUCUUCGACUGAACCGCCAUAACAAAUUUGUCACGGAGCUCAUGUACCAGAUGGUUCAGGUGGGCAUCGAGGCACCCCUUCGGGUCGACCCUGGUGGAAGCCGAGAGCAUCCCAUGUAUUGGGCAAAUAUGCCUGCGCCGCCUGCAUAUGGUAGCAGCAACAGCGACACUCCAGCCCAGGGCCGACCUCGCGCUACCUCGAGCAUUCACAGUGUGCCGAAUCAAGAACCUAUCACUGGAGGGUUCCAAGAUGUGUUUGAGAAGCGACGAGAACAUGUCCACAUGCAGAGGAUGGCUUCUAUCCGAGAGAAGGAGAGGGGACUGCAGGAAGAAUCUGACGCAGUGGCUCAAGCGUCUACUACAUCAGCACUGGCCCCAGCCAUGUCAGUCGACUCUCAAAACCAAUCGCGGUCUCGCUUCUUUGGGCGGGCACGGAGCGGAACUAGGAGCAUCAACAGUCAUAAGGACAUGGUCUAA